UCUUGAAGCAUCUAUUCCUCGCCUUCCAACAGCUAUGAGCCUUUCUGCAGACGGUAUCCAAGGCGAACUUGUUCUCGCCGUUCAGAUUACUGUAAAGCCUGGCCGAGGCGACGAGCUCCUCCCGUGGAUCACGAAGCUGAAGGCCCAAGUUGCCGGAGAAAAGGAUACAUUCGAGUAUACGUUCGCAAGAGACAAGCCCGAUGGGGAUGUAUUCGUAAUCUGGGAGAGGUAUGCGAGUGUAGAGGCGUGGCAGAAACACUCAUCGUCUGAUCUCCUGCGAAGUUGGAUGGCGUGCGAGUUAUUCGCGAAGCAACCUGAAGUGAAGUUCUAUCACGGCAACAUCGGAGCUCACUAGGAAUAUGUACCACAUGAACAAGGUAUACCACCGAUACAUGUCUGUAUAAUCACCGUCCAGCCAUACGUAGCAUGCAGCAUCCC